GUUAUCCAUUUUGAACAGUGCUUACCCAACUCGUGUGCUCGAAAGUUGUAUUUUUCUCCAUUUCAUCGGGUUGCUGUUGAAGCUCUUCUGGAACCACCUGGAACAUUGUCGCUUGCACACAUUCUGCACUAAAAAAAGGAUUUCAAUUUGAAUAAACGGUGCUUCUCUGACUAAAUCAUAGCUGACGAUGGCUGCUGACCUCAAUGUCCUGUCGCCAAAUGUGCAUUACAGUGACGAUUACAUCCAGGUGGAUUACCAGUAUCAGACUACGUCGGUUGUUGCUAAUGGUUCCACCGGAUUCACGGUACGGCCUGAAACGACUGAGCUUAACAUUCGCACCGGACGUCGCGUACCCCGCCUAGGACUUAUGCUGGUAGGUUGGGGUGGUAACAAUGGAUCCACUCUGACGGCAGCCUUAGAAGCCAACAAGCGUGGCUUGGAAUGGAGAACUCGCACCGGUACACAAAAAGCCAACUGGUAUGGUUCGAUAACGCAAGCCUCAACGGUUCUUCUGGGAACGGAUGCCAGCGGCCAGGAUGUUCAUAUUCCAAUGAAUAAAUUGAUUCCAAUGAUCUGUCCGGAUGAUAUUGUAGUUGAUGGAUGGGACAUUAGUGCUAUGAACGUUGGUGAUGCUAUGGUUCGUGCCAAAGUUCUAGAGGUUCAACUGCAGGAUCAGGUAUACAAGAAAUUAUCCCAACUCAAGCCUCGACCAUCGAUAUAUGAUCCGGACUUCAUAGCUGCCAACCAGGCAGAACGCGCUGAUAAUGUUAUAUCGGGUACCCGUUAUGAGCAGUAUGAGCAAAUAGUGAAGGAUAUUCGCCAGUUUAAACAGAAUAGUGGCGUCGAAAAGGUGGUUGUAUUAUGGACGGCAAAUACGGAACGUUUUGCAGAAAUUAAAUCAGGACUGAAUACAACAAUGAUCGAGUUGGAGAAUUCACUCAAAGAUAAUAAAACUGAAAUUUCUCCCUCAACAAUCUUUGCGAUGGCAGCGAUCAAUGAAGGUUGUAUCUACAUCAACGGUUCACCGCAAAACACGUUUGUACCAGGGGUAAUUGAACUUGCAGAACACAAAAAAGCAUUCAUCGCUGGCGAUGAUUUUAAAUCGGGUCAAACAAAACUUAAAUCUGUGCUUGUCGAUUUUCUCGUAUCCGCUGGUAUUAAGCCAACAUCAAUUGUAAGUUACAAUCAUCUGGGUAACAAUGACGGCAAAAAUCUGUCUGCUCCACAGCAAUUCCGAUCUAAGGAGAUAUCAAAGAGCAACGUCGUAGAUGACAUGGUAGCAUCGAACAAUAUUCUGUAUAAACCAGAUGAGCACCCAGACCAUUGUGUGGUUAUUAAAUAUGUACCGUAUGUAGGUGACAGCAAACGCGCUAUGGAUGAAUACACCAGCCAGAUUAUGCUUGGUGGGCAUAACACGCUGGUAAUUCACAACACCUGCGAGGAUUCAUUGCUAGCGGCACCGCUCAUAUUGGAUUUAGCAAUACUGGGAGAGCUCUGCUCUCGAGUUCAAAUAAAAAAGCGGGCAGAGUCUGAUGAUGAGUACGUGCCCUUCCGUUCGGUCCUCUCGUUACUAAGCUAUUUGUGCAAAGCACCGUUGGUCCCAGAAGGUACACCGGUAGUGAAUUCUCUCUUCCGGCAAAGAACAGCAAUCGAAAACAUCCUCCGCGCUUGCGUGGGUUUGCCACCGCUUAGCCACAUGUCGCUCGAGCAUCGGUUUAACCUAGAUGUAUCUUCAACUGAACCACCAACAAAAAAAUGUAAAAUUUCAAACGGUUCUGUGAGUAAAGGCUCUUCGAAUGGAACAACGCAUGGGCCACUCUACACUAACGGCAAGCACUGUUAAAAACCAAAAGCAAACAAAAUUUAAUCUCUUAUAUGUUACCCACUUACCAAGACCAGGAGAGUUGGCGAGUUUGUAAGGAAAAUAAAUCAUGCAGUUUUUACCAAGAGGCAAAUAGCGAACCGUCGCUGAUGUGUUUAUGCGAAUUGCUGUAAUACACUAUUUGUAUUACGAACCAAUUAUUAUACAUCUAAUUCUACUACUGCAACACUAUACAUGUUAUAUCCGCAAAUUGUAUAGAUGUGUAUUACAAAUAAAUAUGAAAAAACAGCAUAUUUCGUUUUCAUA